CCACCGGUCGUCUGUAAAAUUCAACAUUCAACUCCAAACAAGAACCACAGGCGUGUAACAAAAUCAUCAACAUGAAAUUUCUUGCUUUCUCAGUACUUGUGCUCGGUGCCGUUGUAGCAGCCAAGGAGGGGAAUGUCCAAGAAAAACGUGGAAUCGCGCCAACCGCACAAAUCUACAGCAAGCAACUAUUGCAGGCACAACAGCAAUAUACUCCCCAAGUCGAAUAUGAAACCCAACCCCAACAAACAGCCAAAAUCGCCAUCCCAACUGUACAAAAAUUUGCUUCUGCCCCACAAGUAGCUGUAGCACCUCACUACUCUUCAGCCGCUGAAGUAUCUUCCUUCAGCUAUUCCAGUCCAAUCGUCCAGUACAACAACUUGGGUCUUUUGAACCAAAUAGCUGGAAACUUGGGUAAAACCGCCUCCCUUCAAGCUUCCGCCCCAGCUUCAGCACCGGCCCAUUACUCCGCCUCCCCAGUACAAUACUCAGCUGCUCCACAGAAAUUCGCCUACACUCAACCAGCCCCAGUACAAUACCAACCACAAGUACAAAAAGUAUUCGCUCAACAACCCGUAGCUUACACUCAAGCUGCUGCUAAAGUUGUACCACAACAAGUUGCCUAUUCAGCUGCUCCACAAGUAACCUAUGCUACUGCCCCACAGCCACAAUACCAACAGUACCAAGUCGCUCAGCAAUACCAAGUAGCACAAGCAGCUCCUCAAUACCAGAUUGCUCAAGCCGCUCCACAAUACCAACAAGCUCAGCAGUACCAAGCUGCUCACUCCGUACCUCAGGCAGUCUAUUCUGCGGCCCCACAAUACUACAACGCCGCUCCACAGUUGGUGCAAUCUAAAUACGUUCAACCUGGCGUAACUUAUGCCCAUUAAAUAUUUUAAUUUAUUCCUGCAUCUGUUGUAAAUAUUUUCCUGUUACAGAACAAUAUGUAUUGUUGAAUAUGCUUUAAUAAAUAUAUUUUUUUUAUUAA